GCUUCUUCAGAGCUCCCGGAGCUCCGGGUGGCGGAGCAAGUAUUCGCUGCACGGACUCACCAAGGAUCCUGAGCUUGCUUAGGAGGGAUGGCCACGGUCCCCAAGAGCAACAUGGGACCUACCAAGGCGGUUCCCACCCCAUUUGGCUGCAUUGGCUGUAAGCUGCCAAAGCCGGACUACCCACCAGCGCUGAUCACCUUUAUGUUCUGCGCGAUGGUUGUCACCGUCAUCUUAGACCUGGUCGGCAACUCCAUGGUCAUUUUGGCUGUGAUUAAGAACAAGAAGCUCCGAAAUUCUGGCAACCUCUUCGUGGCCAGCCUCUCUGUGGCAGACAUGCUGGUGGCCAUCUACCCUUACCCUAUGAUGCUGUAUGCCAUGUCGGUUGGAGACUGGGAUCUGAGUCAGCUCCAGUGCCAGUUCGUCGGGUUCAUCUCUGGACUGAGUAUAGUCGGCUCCAUCUUCAACAUCACGGCCAUCGCCAUCAACCGCUACUGCUACAUCUGCCACAGCCUCCAAUACAAGCGGAUCUUCAGCCUGCGCAAUACCUGCAUCUACCUGGUCGUUACCUGGGUCAUGGCUAUCCUGGCUGUCGUGCCUAACAUGUACAUUUCCGGUGUUGAGUAUGAUCCUCGCACCUACUCCUGUAUCUUCAACUAUCUGAACAACCCCUCCUUCACUGUGACCAUUGUCUGCUUCCACUUCGUCCUCCCUCUCAUCAUAGUUACCUAUUGCUACACCAAAAUCUGGAUCAGAGUGCUGGAAGCCCGUGACCCAGCCAGACAGAAUCCUGAGAAUCAGUUUGCUGAGGUUCGAAAUUUUCUUACCAUGUUUGUGAUCUUCCUCCUUUUUGCAGUGUGCUGGUGCCCUGUCAAUGUGCUCACUGUGUUAGUGGCUGUCAGUCCAAAGGCUAUAGCAGGCAAGAUUCCCAACUGGCUUUACCUUGCAGCCUACGGUGUAGCCUACUUCAACAGCGGCCUCAAUGCUGUCAUCUAUGGUAUCCUUAAUGAGAAUUUCCGACGAGAAUACUGGACCAUCUUUCAUGCUUUGAGGCACCCUAUCCUGUUCACCUCUCAGCUCAUCGCUGAUAUUCGGGAGGCUCGGGAGACCCGAGCUCUCACUCGUGCCCGUGCCCGUGCCCGUGAUCAAGCCCGAGAGCAAGAGCGUGCCCGUGCCUGUCUUGCUGAGGAGGGAACCCCACGGAACAUCCGGAAUGUUCUACUGCCUGGUGAUGAGGCAGCAGCCCCCUCUGAUUCUGCCUCUGUCCACCCCAAGCCCCCAACCAGGUCUACUUCUAUCUACCGCAAACCUGCCUCUGUCCACCCCAAGUCUGCCUCUGUCUACCCUAAGCCAGUCUCCUCUGUCCAUUUCAAACCCAGCUCUGUCCAUUUCAAAGGGGACUCUAUCUAUUUCAAGGGAGACCCUGUCCAUUUCAGGGCUGCUUCCGAGCUUGCCACUAGUCACCCUACCUCUGCUGGCUCUUCCCCUAUCCAUCCUACAUCCACUGCGGGUUACAUUAAGCCUGGUACCAGCCACACUGCAACCACCACUGUUGACUAUCUCGAGCCUGCUACCACCAGCCGUUCUGCGCUCACUGCUGUUGACCUCCCUGAGGUCUCAGCCUCCCCUUGCUUUGAGAUGACCACUAUUGGCCACCUCAAACCUGCCUAUACUGCCUCCAGCUUUCCUUUUGUAUUCCCGGAGUCUGCGGCCACCUCUGCCUCUCCUCCCGACUCCACUGUAAUCCCCAUUCCCGCUGAUGAUUACCGUAAGGUUGUGCUUAUUGAUGAUGACUCUGACGAUUCCGAUUGUUCUGAUGAGGUGGCUGUGUGAAAAUGUUCUUUACAGUUCGCCCUGUUUGUGCAGUCCAGAGGGAGACACCUCCAUGGCACAGACACACCGCCUGACACACACAGACAUGAACCCGCAGACACAGUGGAAGUUCCAUCCACCUUUCAGGCAUCCUCCUCGUAGGCACCUGUACUCUUGAAAGCGUCUGUAUAUUCUUGCUGUCUUAGACAACAAAUUUCUAAGUGUGACGUCUGUGAUUCAGCCCUCAGUGAUCGCUGAACAAUCUGUUGCUUUGAUCCUCACUGACUCUUUCAGCCCCCACCCUUACCCCAUUCCUGAUUUCUUCUGCCUCCAGCUUUCUACUCCCAUUCCCAGGGGUGGGGGAGGAGUGCAUGAGCACUGGUCAAGGCCAUUUUGGUGGUCAGCUCUGUAAUGUGACUGUGACCUCACAGCUUUAUGGUGUAAGUGUGUAACUUUGUGUUGUAACUUUUUAGCAGUCAGAAGAGGGACUUAUGAUGAAGUUCAAACACUUGAAAGUUGGGUUUCAAGAUUUUCUUGACAAAAAAUGACCCCCAUCUGAAGAAGAGAAUUAGAUAAGUUCUUAUUAAAGUCUGUCAGAUCAAGUAGCAAAAAAAAAUGAUAUGUCAUACUAAGUUGAUCCUAGUUUAUGUAAAGUUAAGCUUUGGCGCUGGUUUUUAUGCAUUCAGUUGGAAAUGAUGAGAUGUUGAUAGCCCGUUUUUUGGUCAUUUGAAUUUUUCAAGCAUUGACCCGUACAUUCUUUUAUUUCCACAGAAAUAGAUCCAUGUGCAAGUCAUUUUUUAUAGUUGGUAACCUUAAGUGGCAAUUAUAGUUAUGUUUGUAAUAUUAGAAUUCAUAAAUCACUCUUUUAAACACUUCAGUGUUUUGACACCAUCAGGCUCUACGUCUUUGCUUUUCCUUCAGAGCUUGAGGCGCCACCUGAAAGCGCAAAGCAAAUGAAGUAUUAAAAAGCUUUGUUUUUGUGACCCCUGGCUUGGGGAUAGGGGCCAAGGAGGAAAAACUGCCAGCACCAAUAAAUCUGUGAAGUAGUCAGUCUCUUGUUAGUUCUGAAAGUGAUUUUCCUGUAAGACCCAAGAAGAAACUGCCAUUUAAAGAAAUUUCAAUUGCUGAUUCAAAUUGACACUGUAAUCAAAGUUUGCUGUAUACAAACUUAUAAGAUGAAAGCAAAAUGUAUUAUACUGUCUUAAUUCUGUUCUGCAUUUGUAGUA